AUGGCUAGCAAACGCAGGCGUGACACCACCACUGCCAUCGAGGAUUUCCGUGCAAUCACCGAGACGACCAAUUUGAAGCCCAUGCUGAGUCUUCGCAGAAAGUACAAAUGGCCAUCAUUGCCACUCACGCACACGGACCGUUGGGAAAUAGAAACUGAGUUGAGAGAAUUGGACACGCUGAUGAGAUAUCAAGAAAUGAAAAUCAAUCUGAAUCGAGCUGGGGAUCCGCGCAACGAGCAUGCUCUAAACCGGGCCCGGAUAAGAGACACCUUGAAUGACGCAAGGUUGAUCAAGAGGUUGAAAAAGUCGCUGUCCACAUACCUUCGCGACGCCCUAGACACCAACGGAGCCCAAGACAUCAACGGCGACCCAGAGGACCCAGGGGCUGCAUUUACCGAGCCUGCCGCCAAAAGGCAGAGAAAAGACCGAACUCCAAAGAGAGCGGGCAAAACACCUACGAAGCGAUCAAACCACGGUAAUCGAGGUCAAAUUCAAGAGACCGACGGGGCGGAAGCUUGCGGACAAGGAGAGUUUCGAAAAUCUCAACACGCUACAGGGAAGGGGUCAGAGACGAGCAAACGCAAGAAGAGAGGCAAGGGAGGAAUAACAUAUCACACAGCGAGACGCGAAACAAUCGCCCUGACGGAGUCGCCCAGGUCUUCGGCGUCGAUUGCCUACUCUUGGCUACCAGAAGGAGAAAGACCGGAUUUCGUCGUCGAGCCCAAGACCGAGCAGCUCGCAACUUCAAGCCCUCAAACCUGGCGCUUCAACAAGAGCGAGGCAGAGUUCGACAUGUCAAGACACGAUCUACCAGGCCAGCCAAUAUUUCAAAGAGCAGCCACCAGUGACGGCGCUACCCAUGUUGCCUCGGGCAAUCACUAUUCAUCGAGCCACGAAGGAUUCUUGGCAAUGUUUCCGGACGGGCAGUGGGCGAGCACGUCUGGUGCCAACGGAAAUCACAGAAAACGGGCAGCUACUGAGCAGGUGUACGACGAUCCAAUACCUAGUGGCGAAACGCGAACAGAACAGCGCAAAGCUUCUGUCAAGAAGGAGAAACUGGCGAUGCCAAUGGUUCUCAUCGACUUGACCGACGAAACAGAAGCCUUUCAACGGCAUGCAUCAGAAAGCAGUAAAGAUGGAGAGGAUUGCGAUGGGGAAGAGAUGCUGCCACAGCAGGGCGCCGAGUUCUUUGAUGAGACAACCAAACGCAAAAAGUUACUCCUUAUCGCACAGCGGCAAAAGGAACGCCUAGAGCUGUGCGAGACCAAUGAGAGGAAUCGAGCGGCCGUGAGCAACAACUUGAACAUCUGUCUCAGGGAAAGCGGACUUCGGGAGACAGAACUCAGGGCAAGGCUAGACAAAGCCAACAAGGAGAUCAGGAUGCUCCACCAGAAGCACACUGCUGCCGAUAGUAUGGGAAGCGAAGCGACUGCCUCAAGGAGAAGUCUCCAGACAGAGCUUGCCCGGCAGAAGAGCGAACACGAAGCUGAGAUGGAGCACUUGCGUGUCGAAAUGGCCAAUCAGAGCAGGGCUUUUGAGGCAGAGCGAUCCGCUUGGAAGAAGAAAAUGGGAUACAAUACACACGCUCUUAACGUUGCCCUACAGGGGAAAGAUCGCGAUGAGUUCAAGCGAUUGCUGCUCAAUUCGUAUGAGCAACAGGUUCAAGAGACCUUGGAAAAUCUAUAUCUCGACCCCUGAAGAGGCAC